GGGGGAGGGGGAAAUCCAGAAGGGACCAGAGGACCGAGGCAGCCGUUCCGGGGAGCCGGCCCGAGGAGGAACAGGUGGGGGGGCCAAGUCCUCCGGCUGUUACGUGGUGGACCGAGCUGUCUGUUUUCCUCCGGAGCCCGCUCCCUCCGCAUCCUGCUCCUCCCAUCAGCGCCCAGUUUUCCCGACAGGUUCCAGUUCCCCACCGCGCUCUCCUCAGCCCUUGACCUCGUCCCCCUGCCUGCCCCCCAACUUUGGAGCUCAGCCUCCUUGCCCCCUUGUUCCGUGCUUCGCUUCUUUUCUCUUCCGUGCCCCGCGCCCUGCUUCUCCUCGUCUACCUUCCGUAAUCCCGGAUCCCCUACGAGGUUCGGUGUUCCGGUGCCUGCACCACCCCGCACCCAAAAACAAGGAACCCGACCUCAGCACAACCAACACAGUCCACCAACACACAACGCUCACAAAAGCAACCGGCUGAGGCAGCCAGCCGAGGGAGCGCUUUGCCCCCGAGUCGUCCAGUGACAGAUGCAAAGGUGCCUAUGUUGAGACAAAUGACUAGUUGAGACAAAUAUAAAUAUGGCCUUCUACAGUUAUAAUACGGUCUUAGCUAUUGCCCGAACAAGAUUCCCUGGCCAUUUCGUCCAUCCUACUAGCUCUUCUUAUUCCCCGUUAUUUGCAUUUCUUCACUUGCCAGAUCCCCAUUUAAAUAAAAUAUAUAUGAAGAACUAUGGAAGCAAGAAGUACUCCUAUCCUAAUCAGUCAGGCAAUAAAGUACUUCACUUACGAACUAGAAUAAUACAAAAGCUACACACAUCGACUUGCUGGCUACAAGAGUUCCCUGGUAAACCUCAGCUAGAGCAAACCACAAAAAAAACACAGGGGGCAAGCCCUCAGACCACCAAAGAAACUGGCAUGAAGAUUAAGGAAGAAAAGCAAUCUUAUAGACAAAAAAUUGUGGAUGAACUUAAAUAUUAUUACAAUGGAUUCUAUUUGCUUUGGAUUGACACCAAAGUUGCUGCCAGAAUGGUUUGGAGGCUGUUGCAUGGACAGGUGCUGACCAGACGAGAGAGGCGAAGGCUAUUGAGAACUUGUGUUGAUUUCUUCCGCCUGGUUCCAUUUAUGGUGUUCAUAAUUGUGCCCUUCAUGGAAUUCUUAUUACCAGUGUUUCUGAAACUCUUCCCAGAGAUGUUGCCAUCAACUUUUGAAAGUGAAUCCAAAAAGGAAGAAAAACAGAAAAAGAAAAUGGCUGCAAAGUUGGAACUAGCAAAAUUUCUUCAAGAAACGAUUACAGAAAUGGCAAGGAGGAACAGGGCCAAGUUAGGAGAUGCCUCUACGCAGUUCGCGUCCUACGUCAAACAGGUCCAGACAGGACACAAGCCCAGCACAAAGGAGAUAGCUCGCUUUUCCAGACUAUUUGAGGAUCAGCUAACCCUGGAGCACCUAGAUCGACCUCAGCUGGUUGCCCUUUGCAAACUGCUAGAAUUGCAGUCCUUUGGAACCAACAAUUUGCUCCGCUUUCAGCUCCUGAUGAAACUGAAGUCUAUAAAAGCAGAUGAUGAAAUAAUCGCCGAAGAAGGGGUGAGCGCUUUGAGUGUGUCAGAACUACAAGCUGCCUGUAGGGCCCGAGGGAUGAGAUCACUGGGGCUCACUGAGGAACAGCUGAGACAACAGCUCACAGAGUGGCAGGACCUCCACCUGAAGGAGAAUGUCCCUCCUUCUCUUUUGCUCCUGUCACGAACCUUCUACCUGAUAGAUGUGAAGCCAAAGCCAAUUGAGAUACCACUAAGUGGGGAGGCUCCAAAGAUGGGUAUUCCUGUGGAAUCACCUACUUCCCCUGAAUCUAAAGACAACAUGGUAGAUUUAGCAUCUCAACUGAAGGGAACUAAGGAUGAAGAAUUUAUGAAACUACCACCAGUUACAUCAUCACACAUACCACCAUCAACACCUGUUUCAUUACCUAAAGGAUCGAUCACUUCUGCUAAAGAAGCUACACUCCAGGCCAAAUCACAAAAGACGGCCCAGAACAGCAAGGCUAGUUCAAAAGGAGCGUAAGGACUACUGGAGGAUGAAGCUCACUAUCUCCAGCUUCCUGCCCCCAGCAGUGGCAUCUAUAAAGGACCUCCCAGCUAAGACUGUCUGUGGCUGGUUUGAGAAAAGAGGAUCAGCCAUUUAGUCCUUGGGGUAGUCCUUGAGGCCUUGUAACCAUUCAGAUGAUGUCAGCAGUGAGACCAAGUUCAGACCACUUAGAAAAAUAUAAUUACAAAGUCCAUUUCCUCUGUACCCUUAUGUCAUCCCACCAAACUUUGUGUAAAGCCCCCACCCCGUUGUUUUUAAAUAGCUUCAUAUUUGUGCACAUGUCCUUUAAGGAAGGAAAUUUUUGGCAUAAUGGAACUGGCUUGGCACCUUAGAUACCUCUGCCUCCUAUAGCUUGGGAACCCGAGUAAGAACUUGGAAACUCCAAAAACCAUCGUAAGAGCAUCUGACCAGCUUUUUCAGAGUGAUCCAUCAGUAGGAAUAGAGCCCUGGAAACCAAGCACCUUAUGAGAUGGAAUGGAUGUACUCCCCAGUAAGGUCUUUCUGGAUAAAAAGAAGAAAAAGCUCCUUGGAGGAGAAAAUGGGGAGUUAAACAGACUGGCAAUCAAAAAGCUUUGGCUGCUGCUUGGCUGUUCUGAGACACCCUCCUCUUGGGCCCGCAGAGGCUGCAGAAAUCUGGGAGGCUGCCACUAUUCUAGCACAUAUGGCUUUCAUUAGCCACUAUUUUGCUAGGAAACAUAAUUAAGGGUUUAAGACUUAACCAUUUGUUUGCGCUGGGUGUGUUUUUCUGGUCUGUUUGUCUUUCACAAACAAGACUAUUUGUUAGUCAUAGGGGUUGUUAAGUCUGAUAUAAUCCCUAUGCUAUCCAGUAACAAGUAUUAUGUUCAGAUAUUUACAUUCGGUGUUUUCAGUAUUGUCAAUAAUGAAGAAACAUAAUAAAUCGAUAGCCAUGCAGCUGACCAACAGCUUUCUUUCCUUGGGGAGUGCUUAGAAGGGAAAAGGUAUUUCAGCCUGCGGGUGAUGAAAUUAGAUUUCUUUACUUGCUGUGAAAUUGAAAGCAGUUAGAUGGGAGUCAAUUAAACCAAGUAAAACUCAAAUCUCCCUGUCUGGGAUCACCUCAACGAGGAAUGUCAUCACACUUCACAGCAAGGAUAUGCACUUUAAAAUGCUUCCUCACUCUCCUCUCCACCAGAGGACAAGCCUCACCACGUUCUGCUGAUGAACUCGUUCUCGAGAACGAUGAAUCCCUAGUAUGUAGCAGUCCGUGGACCUCACCGUCGGCCUAGCAAGGUGAUUCACAACAAAUUUUCCCAUUUUUA